GUUUUCCUCAUUCAAUUCAUUUUUCAUAAACCCUAAUUUUCUCUUAUUAUUUCUUUUACUAAUACAAAAAUGCCUACUACAGUCUCAAUUCUUUCAAACAUCACUGACUUUGUAGUAAAUGAAGGGCAUGGAGUGAAAGGUCUUUCAGAAAUGGGACUUCAAACAUUACCUAAGCAAUAUAUUCAGCCAAUCGAAGAACGAAUUACUCCUACCACUGUAAUUCUUGAUGAUCAAAUUCCAGUCAUUGACAUGUACAAUUGGGAUAAUGAAACAAAAUUAAUUGGUGAAAAAAUAUGUAAUGCAGCUGAGAAAUGGGGUUUUUUUCAAAUUAUAAAUCAUGAUAUUUCCCUUGAUGUUCUUGAAUCUGUUAAGGAAGCGACUUAUACAUUUUUCAGACAACCAGCAGAAGAGAAAAAUAAGUAUUCAAAGGAAAAUUCAUCGAGUAAUAACGUGAGAUAUGGAACUAGUUUUACUCCUAAAGCAGAAAAAGCAUUGGAAUGGAAAGAUUAUUUGAGCCUUUUUUAUGUUUCUGAUGAAGAAGCUGCUGCUCUUUGGCCUUCUGCUCUCAGGGAGGAAGCUUUGGACUUCUUGAAAAAUUCUGAAAUUGUGAUCAAGAAGCUGUUGGAGGCACUUAUGAAAGGACUAAACGUAAAAGAAAUAGACCAAACUAAAGAAUCACUUCUAAUGGGUUCAAAGAGGAUUAACGUUAACUACUAUCCAAAAUGCCCUAAUCCCGAAUUAACCGUCGGAGUAGGUCGUCACUCUGACGUUUCAACAUUAACAAUUCUUCUUCAGGAUAAUAUAGGAGGACUUUACGUGAAAAAACUGGACAGUGAAACUUGGGUUCACGUCCCACCAAUCAAUGGAGCUCUGGUAAUUAACAUUGGCGAUGCUCUUCAAAUAAUGAGCAAUGGACGAUACAAGAGUAUUGAGCAUCGAGUUAUGGCUAAUGGCAGCAAUAAUAGGAUUUCUGUGCCAAUUUUUGUAAACCCUAAACCUAGUGAUGUAAUUGGUCCUUUGGCUGAAGUGCUAGAGAAUGGAGAGGAACCAAUUUACAAACAAGUUCUUUACUCAGAUUAUGUCAAGCAUUUCUUUAGGAAAGCUCAUGAUGGGAAAGACACUGUUGAUUUUGCUAAAAUCAAGUAGAACUUAUAGUGGAUCUGCUCGAAGAAUAAGAAGUGCUUAUAUUAAGCUAAUGUAUUUUUCUUUCAUGUAUUUUUAGUCACGAUUAUUCAGCAAUUUAAAUAAAAAAGAGAUAAAUAUAGUUUGAAGUGUCAUACUGCAAAUUAUAGGAGAAUAUUUUUUGGGAUUAAUUAGGUGUCUGAAUUUUGGACUGGAUAAAGUAUAAUUGAGCUGCU